AGGCGUAUAGCGAGGGCAUUGUGGCACGAGACGAUGUCUACGUACAGACAAAGUACACUACGCCCGCCGGCCAAGAUCUGAGUAACAUGCCAUACGACCCAAACGCACCAUUGGAAAUUCAACUUCGCACUUCAGUCGCGUCUUCUCUCAAGAACCUGCGGUCGACAGAAGACUCAGAAGAGGGUACUUACGUUGACUGCCUCCUUCUGCAUUCGCCAUUACCAACACUGGACCAGACAUUGCAAGCCUGGAAGUUGCUCGAGACAUACGUGCCACACCAGAUCAAGACGCUCGGCAUCUCAAAUGUCACUCUUCCUGUUCUGCGUGAAAUAUAUGACGCUUCAACUAUCAAGCCAUCUGUUGUACAAAAUCGCUUCUAUCUACAGACUCAGUAUGAUGGAAUGCUGCGAGCGUUCUGUCGAGAGCACAAGAUCAUAUACCAGUCUUUCUGGACACUGACAGGCCAUCCUCAACUUUCUAGGUCAAAACCUGUCCUUGAGCUGGCACAGUCGGCAAAGAUUUCGGUACCAACUGCAUUGUAUGCGCUGGUCAUGGAUCUUGGUGUCGAGGUACUGAAUGGAACGACGUCCGUGGAGCACAUGCAAGACGACUUCACGGGCAUCAGUAAAGUAAUCGAUUGGGCCAGUUCGAACUCGCAACAAUGGUCGAAGCUGAAAGAGAGCUUCGCCAAGUUGAUCGGCGAUGGACACUCUUCAAUCUAAACACAUCUUUCUCAUCAAAUUAUAAGACAACACGCAAGGCUACCUGGUUUGCCAAGCCGAAGCUGUCAGCCACCAGCGGGGCUGGGUCCUCGACCUUCAUAAAGUUGCUUCGUAUUUGUCCAUAUUCUCUGAGCUAGAACGG